CUGUGGAGAUGGUCGGAAAUGCACCGUCGGAGAGGCUAAAUGACGUCGCCAAAUUAAUAUAGUUACUAUUAAUUAUAAAUAAACACAAUUGUAAUGUUUUGGAAGAAGAAAUACUUAUUUAGCAACCGGUCUGGAAGUGUUGUUCAAUUAUAAACAAAUUUAAAAAGGGCUUUUGUUUUAAAACUUUUGGUUUUGGUAAAAAAAAAGGUUUUGGCAGGAAAAAAAAUCAAGGUUCGAUAAUUAUAAAUAUUAGAGGUAAUCAUCAUGCAUGCUUUGGAUGAUUAUUUAUGCUUCCCGUCGUAAGCAAACAAAAAUCAGAAGAUCAAGAUUAAAAACCACUCCACUGGUUCCUGUUAAUAUUAUUGUAACGCCACCAUCGCCCACGGCUAAUGGACCAUCUACGCUCGUUCUUUCGGUCUAUAGGCCCUAUCCCGUCUGACGAGCGGUGCGUUAAUUUUUCUAAGGUCCAAAAGCUUGUUUAUUGACCCUACAAUCACCAUCCGACCUUUCUCCAUGCUUUGCUUUGGCCUCACUCGCACGGUAUCGUAAAUCACUUCCCGAUAGGUCAUCCAUCCUUUCACUACUUCAGCCGAAGCACGUUUAACCCUAGAGUUCUAAACUGACAUGUAACGGAAAAGGUAAGUCAACUUUGAUUACAUAAGUAGUCAAAUCAAUUAUCUUAAUUUUCUCCGUAUAUCACAACUCGGGAUGUUACAAUUCACUCCCUCUAAAAAAAUGCAACGUCUUCGUUGCGCCCCAUGACAGGUCUUAAGACGCCUAUCGGGUCAGAACCGAGAUGGCUAAUCAGCACUUGUACCACUUGCAACGCCCCUACCACCCACGGCUAAUGGAUCAUCCACGCCCACUCACUCGGCCCAUGGGCCCCAUCCCGUUCCAACGGUCGGACUGUUAAUUUUUCGAAUGAUGUGUUUACUGAUCCUACAAUCAUCACAUGUCCUUUCCUCGUGUUUGGCCUCACUCACACGGUAUCGCGAAUCACUUCCCAAUAGGUUACCCAUCCUUCCCGAUAGGUCACCCAUCUUUCCCGAUAAGUCACCCAUCCUUCCCGAUAGGUCACCCAUCCUUCCCGAUAGGUCACCAAUCCUUCCCGAUAGGUCACCCACCCUUCCACUACUCCAGCUCAAACAUGCUUAACUCUAAAGUUCUAAAAAGAUGUGUGACAAAAAAAAAUUAGUCAAUUUUACGUGACAAAAAUAACUAAAUGAAUUCUGUUAAAUCUUUUCAUAUAUCAGUAUGUUACAAUUAUAUACUACACAAAAAUGAAGAAAGAAUCAUUACACGAAGGGUGACGUGGCUAUACUAGAUUGGCGUAAAAUUUAUCUGCACCAUAUACGGACAGAGAUAGAGAUAACUCAACGAGAACUCUUUUCUCUCUGUCAAGAAGAAAAAGAAGAGAAGUGUGAAUCCGAAUAAUGUGGUGCGCACGUUAUUAUCAGCCAUUGCCUGCCAGUUCCUGCGUCUUGAAUCAUAAAACGAAGCAAAAAGAGAGUCUGAAAAGAAAACAAGUGUUCUUCUUCUUAUCCUUCUUAUCCCCUUCAUGCUUAAGAGAAUUACGUCGAUGGAAAAUCAGUAAUUAUCCCAAAAUUGGGCUAAGAUUAAAAGCAAAAGCUAGUGUGGUGCCUCCGUCUGAGUCUGGCCUAAAUAUCACUACCUUUCUCCUCGUAAGUGGAGCAAUGAUCUCAAUGUAUUUGGUGGCGAACUUUGUUGUUCCGUCGUUGCUUUUUAAGCCUCUCCAAGGUGAAGAAGAAGAGGAAGAGGAAGACUCCGAUUAAACUUUAAGUUCCAUUGAUUUGAAGUUUUUUUUUAAUUUGAAGUUAUUCUUAUUGAUUUGUAGUUUUCAUUACAGUUUUGUUUCCUAAAUACAUUCUAUGCAAGCUUAUGCAUUAGAUUUUGUCUCGUUCGGAUAAGCUUUGAAAAUUUGCAGCCCAAGAUAUCUCUAACAAGUUGGUCAGGAUAAGAUAAGCUUAAUGUAAUCCUAAUAGUAUUAGACUAUUAGUAGUUAUCCCCUUCUUAUUAUUUGAGGAUAACUUUUAUAAAUAAACUUUAACUUCAUGUUGAUUCAUAAGUUUGCCAUUACUUAUGUGUCAACACCACAAUCCACCUCACAUCUUUUUUUGAAUAACCCUCUUUAGCCUAAAUUAAUUACAUGUCAUGUCGUUGGCACAAACAUAUAGUAUAUAUUUCAUUUUAUGCAUUUUUAUUCUAAAUAUUUCGCCUAAUAUCCUAAACGCAGAUCUUAUCCGAACAAUGUGUCUACUAUACUUUUAAAGGAAUGUAUAUCAACACAAUUAUAGAAAUGAAACAUGUGAUUAUACAACAUAUCAUAAAUCUUAUUUUUUCCUUGGUAUAAUU